GGCAGCCCAUGGGAACCCGGGGCGCCCAGGAUGCGGGCGCCAGCCAGGGAGCUCUUUCGGGACGCCGACUUCCCAGCUUCGGACUCCUCGCUUUUCUCCAACUUCUCCACGCCGCUGGCCCAGUUCCGCGAGGACAUCACAUGGAGGCGGCCGCAGGAAAUUUGUGCCACGCCCCGGCUAUUUGCAGAUAACCCACUGGACGGACAGGUGAAGCAAGGGCUGCUAGGAGACUGCUGGCUCCUGUGUGCCUGUGCCGCUCUGCAGAAGAGCCAGCAGCUCCUGGACCAGGUCUUCCCUCCAGGACAGCCGAGCUGGCGUGACCACACGUACCGUGGCUCCUUUACUUGUCGAAUCUGGCAAUUUGGACACUGGCUGGAGGUGACCAUAGAUGACCGUCUGCCUUGUCUUGCAGGGAGACUCUGCUUCUCCCGGUGCCAGAGAGAGGAUGUGUUCUGGCUUCCCCUAUUGGAGAAGGUCUAUGCCAAGGUCUACGGGUCCUACGAGCACCUGUGGGCGGGGCAGGUGGCUGAUGCCCUGGUGGACCUCACUGGGGGCCUGGCAGAAAGGUGGAGCCUGAAGGACUUGGUCAGAACCAGUGGCCAACAGGACAGGCCUGGCGGCUUGGAGCACAGGACUUGUCGGCAGUUGCUCAGCCUCAAGGACCGGUGUCUGAUAAGCUGCUCGGUGCUCAGCCCCAGAGCAGGUGCCAGGGAGCUGGGGGAGUUUCAUGCCUUCAUUGUGUCGGAUCUUCGAGAGCUCCAGGGCCGGGCCGGCCAGAGCCUCCUGCUGCUGCGUAUUCAGAAUCCCUGGGGCCGGCGGUGCUGGCAGGGGCCCUGGAGAGAGGGGGGCGAAGGGUGGAGCCAGGUAGACCCAGCCGAUGAGUCCGAGUUGCUGUCCCAGCUGCAGGAAGGAGAGUUCUGGGUGGAGGAGGAGGAGUUCCUCCGGGAGUUUGAUGAAGUCACCGUUGGCUUCCCGAUCACGGAGGCUGGCUACCUGCAGAGCCUCUACUCAGAAAAGGCGCUGUGCCACACUCAGGAACUGCCUGGGGCCUGGGUCAAGGGGCAGUCGGCAGGAGGCUGUCGGAACAACAGCGGCUUUCCCAGCAACCCCAAAUACUGGCUGCGGGUCUCAGAACCGAGCGAGGUGUUUGUUGCCGUCCUGCAGAGACCCAGGGUGCGUGCCACGGGCUGGGCAGGCCGGGCUCGGGCACCGGCGAGGGGCGAGUGUGCCGUGAGGAGCCCGGCCAGCUUCCUGAGCGAGGACUACCAGGCCGUGGGCCUGCAUAUCUGGAAGGUGGAGAAGCGGCGGGUCAGCCUGCCCAGGGUCCUGUCCACACCCCCCGUUGCUGGCACCUUGUGCCAUGCCUACGACCGGGAGGUCCACCUCCGCUGUGAACUCACACCGGGCUACUACCUGGCUGUGCCCAGCACCUUCCUGAAGGACGUGCCAGGGCAGUUUCUGCUGCGGGUCUUCUCUAGCGGGAGAAUCUCCCUCAGUGCCAUCAAGCCAUCGGCUGGGAGCCCUGCCCCUGGGGAGGCCCUGCCUGAGGGCGAGUGGGAGACAGUACAGCUGCGGGGCUCCUGGAGAAGCGGCCAGACGGCAGGGGGCAGCAGGAACUUUGCCUCCUACCCUAGCAACCCCUGCUUCCCCCUGUCAGUCCCCGAGGGCCCAGGCCCCCGCUGCGUCCGCAUCACUCUGCGCCAGCACUGCCAGGACGCCCAGUGCCAUCCCAUUGGCUUCCACGUCUUCCAGGUUCCGGUGGACGGGGGGAGCCGCAGUUCACCCGGCCUGCUACUUCAGGAGCCUGUGCUGAGCUGUGUGCCGCAUCGCUAUGCCCAGGAAGUAAGCCGGCUCUGCCACCUGUCGGCGGGGACCUACAGGAUCGUGCCCUCCACCUACCUGCCGGACACGGAAGGGGCCUUCACGGUGACCAUUGCCACCAGGAUAGACAGGCGCUCCAUCCACAGCCAGGAGAGGCUGGGGCAGCUCCUCCAGGAGGCCUCCUUCAUGGCAGUUAUGAAAACCUAACCAGGUGACACCCCUCUCCCCCGCUGUGUCGGCUAUAGCGACUGGGGUAUCCAAGGGGCUCCCUCCCAUGAUGCCCCCAGCCUUGAUGCUGCAGUGGCCAGGCCUUAGCUGGAUGACUACACGUGCUAACGGGUCCAGGCGAAGAGCCCAUCCUACGGGGCCCAGGGCCAGAGGUGCAGCAGGUGCCGCAGGGAGGGCAGGGGAAGCCA